AUGGACAUGAUCAGUUUCCUUCCAGAUGAUUUGCUAUUGCGAAUACUGUGGCUUCUUCCAACAAAAGACGUCAUGGCCACAAUGCUUGUCUCGAAAAGGUGGCAGUCUCUUUGGUGUUUAGUGUCAAGGAUUGUGCUCGAUGAUCUCAAGUAUCAUAAUGAUGAUGCCGACUAUAAGAACUUCACAGAGUUUGCUUACAGGGCUUUGAUGAAAAACAAGUCGCCGAUUCUAAAUUGUUUAAAUCUCUGCCUUGGUCCUAAGUGUCACCCUGUGGAUGUUGGAAUAUGGAUCGAUACUGCGAUUGCUCGCCGCAUGCGUCGGCUCAUAGUUAAAAUCCGGCCAGGGCCACCAAUCAAUUUGCCGAGUAGCCUAUACACAUGUGAAACACUAGAGGACUUAAGGAUCGCAAAUUGCCUUUUUUCGGAUGUUUUUUGCAGCCUUCCGUUUCUCAAGAGUUUGUCUCUUAUGAUGAUGGGUUACACAUGUCUUCAUAAGCUUUUACACGGCUGUCCUAAUCUUCAGUUUCUUCGAAUGUCGUCUGUGAUAGACGAAGAACACGAGGGUGAAGACAUCACUAUCGCUUUGCCUUGUUUACGACAUUUAGAUUUAUGGGACUCGAGAGACAAGAGCAAGGGCGGUGUGUAUAUGAUAGAAUGCCCUCGUCUUGAGUACCUUAAGAUUGUCGAUGAUGUUGUCUACGACUCUCGUCGAAUUGAGAAUAUGCCCAAUUUGAACGAGGCGCAUGUUGACAUCACUCAAGGAGUUACUCACAGGUUUCUGAGAGCUCUUGCUUCAACCCGCCGCCUUUAUUUAUGUGCAUCACUACACUCAGAGGUCCCUAGUAUGGUCAUCUGCUUCUAUAGGCUUGUUCAUCUCGAGCUAAGUACAUGUGCGCAAGGUUGGUGGGAGCUUCUCACUCAAAUGCUCCAAAAUUCUCCCAAACUAGCAUCUCUCAAACUCACUGAUGAACAUGAGCUUCAUUUUCCUAGUGAAGAAACUCCAGAUUGUUGGAAGCAGCCGAGUUCUAUUCCCGACAGUCUUGAAACUUUCGCAUGGAUCGGUUACAAAGGCAGACGAGGAGAUUUAGAGGUGGCGAACUUCAUCAUAAGGAAUAAUGCUACACGUUUGAAGACUGCAACUUUCUUGCCACAAUCCAAUGAUGUUGAAGCCAAAUAUAAGAUGCUCAAGGACUUGGUAUCUCUGACUACGCCUUCAAUUCCGUGUCAGCUUCUUUUCGACUGA